UGAUAUACAUCAUAUAUAUAUAGAUCAAUAAUGGAGGCAUCAAUGAAAUAUUGUGCCACGCUUUUGGUAGUUGCUUUAGUAGUAGUAGUUGUGGCACCCCAAGCUCAGCAGCAGCCGCCUUCUAAUAAUAUUAGCGUUUAUAGAAUCACGGGAACUGUCUUUUGUUCUUUGAAUGGCGCCCAAGUUGUGAAUUCUGCUAUCCCAACUCCUCCCUUUACAAAUGCUACAGUCCAAUUAAUGUGCGGUGGGAUUGUGGUACAAACAGCUUUAACAAAUAGCCUGGGAGUUUUCACUAUGGUUGUACCAGACGCACAGACACUGGUACAGACACUGCUAUCUAACCUUGUAUCCGUCGUAAAUUGCAGCGUUGUUGUUGCUACACCACUCUCGACUUGCAAUUCAUCCCUACCACAAACCGGCAUGCUGCAAAGUCCCACGUUUAUGCAGGUUUUGACCGAAGUUUUCCAAGCUAUCCUUAACUUUCUUUUUAACGAUCUAGUCGGAGAAUUUCAACAUGUUCAAACUAUAUUAAUUAGUUAAUGUUUGAUUGACAUCACACGGACAUAUAUAUAUAUA